UAUGUACAUAAUAUAAAACAUAGAGACGGUGAUGACAUCUAAGGACAAUGAUGGACUGGAGCGCAAAAGUUCUCGGGUAAGCACCGACGAUCUCUAUCGGCGGUCGACCCAGUUCAAACUAUGGUCUUUCACCAAAGACGAGUUAGAGACUAUCAGAAAAUCAUCAAAUGAAAAGGGCAAAACCUAUGCCAAUGCCAAGUUCGAUAAGGUAUAUGAACGGAUCAAGGCCGAACAGACAGACAUUUUCAGCAAAUAUGGCGGUGCAGAGCUCAGCAAGAAUGUGCUAGUGGAUCUCAUUACGUUGCAAGAAGAACGAAAGUACUUGAACUUCUACUCCAAGAAUAUCAUCCAGGCUGCCAAUUUCUUCCAAAUGCCAACACAGGUAAAAGCUUCAGCUAUGGCGUUUUUCAAGCGGUUCUACCUCUUCAACUCGGUGAUGCAGUACCACCCCAAGUACGUGCUUUAUACAUGUUUGUUUUUGGCAGCCAAAAGUGAAAAUUACUUCAUUUCUAUCAAUUCAUUCUGUGAACCAUUACAAAAGACCGAGCCAAAGGACGUGCUCGACUUGGAGUUUAUCGUCCUACAAUCGCUAAAGUUCACGAUAAUGGUCCACCACCCGUUCAGACCAUUGUAUGGAUUUUUCCUUGAUUUUCAAGAGGUGCUUUUACAGCCUUCACCCGCUUCUUCUGAUAUAACGAUUGACAAGAUAGGCCAGCUUUAUGACCAGGCCAAGAAAUGGUUAAAUGACCACGGCUUGAUAAGUGAUGUAUCAUUCUUCUAUACACCGCCACAAAUAGCAUUGGCUGCCAUGUACGACUCCAACCCCAGAAUUACUGAGAAGUAUCUCAGGCGAAAGUUCUUGAAGGAUAAAGAACCGUUGAACACGAUAAAAGAAGAGGAACCUGAUGGUGUGGAUGCCCAACAGAAGGAUUCGCUACCACCAAAGGGAACAGAGGUAUUCGAUUUGUUGGUCAAGACGAUUAGAAAAUGUGUGGAGGAUAGUAAGACUAGUCAAGAGUCUACUUUAGAAGAGAGCACCAAGAUUGGAGAAAAGUGUUUUUUUGCCAAUAAUCCCGAAAAGUUGAUAAACAAGAAGAUCAAGAAACUCAAGAAGUUGGAAGCACAGGAACAAGAAUCACCACAAGAGGCAAAGGUAUAACUCUGUAUAUAUGUACAAAAUAAUACACUAUAAAAGGUAUUUAAAACUCAUCUACUGAAUGCUAUGUCAUCUAUACGCAAGAUAGACUUGACACAUUCGGCAGCUAAAGAGACAGCUGAGGUGUUAACCAAAACUGGUUGUAAGAUAUGAUCGUUAAAAGUGUUAGUAGUACCAGAUCUUCUGACAGAAAUCCCAGCAAAUCUUUCAUUGUUUUCAUGUUUGUUUUUCAAGUCAGUGAUGACUUCGAUUGGGUUCAAACCCGCAUUUUCAGCUAAUGUCACAGGAAUAACUUCCAAUGCCUCACUGAAUUCCUUGUACACAAACUGUUCAACACCAGAUAAUUUAUUACUCUCGUUCAUCAAGAUUCUCGACACCUCGAUUUCAGGAGCUCCUCCACCAGCAAUCAACCCUCUUUCUUUGACCAAACACCUGAUGACACAUAAGGCAUCAUGGAUCGAUCUCUCAGUUUCGUCCAAAAUCAAAGGGUUGGCCCCUCUGACUAUGAUAGAAACAGUUGGUUUAAGCGACUUAGAACUUAUACCAGUUAUCUUAACGAUCUUGGAACCACUGCUUUCCACUUCUUCAAUCAAGUCAGCAGUACCCAACUUGUCCUCCGUGAAGCUAUCUACAUCCGCAAUUGGUUUGCACCCAAUAGACUUGGACAUAAAUUCUAUUUCGUCUCUCUCGAUAUCCUUUAUAACCAUGAUGUUCAACUUGGACAAAAAGUGCAAGGCCAAAUCGUUAACAGCAUCUCUCAAAAUGGACUUUUGGAUCAAAAUGACGUUACACUUGGCCUUCUUGAUCUUCUUACAUAUGUUCAACAAGUAUGCUCUUUCUUCCUUUAAGAUCUUAUCCAUCUGUCUGUAAUCAUUAACAACAAUAUUGUUUUCCAUGUCGGGCUUUGGAGGACUUAACUGAAACUGAAUUAACCCAAUUCUGGCUUUUUCAACUCGAAUGGGGCCUCCGGCAUUCUUGAUGACAUUCUGUGUCAUGACAAUUCCAUUCACUAAUUCGGUUUCAUCGAUGGUUCCACCCAACUUCUUGACCAAGCGAAUAUCGUUCAAGUCGACGUUCGUUUUGGAUUCGUCGGUGAUCUGCAACACAGAGUCGACCGCCAAUGGGGCCAAUAAAGAUGAAUGUUGCGACACAAUCUUGGAAGACAAUGAAGUACUAGCAGCUUUGAUCAAAGAAUCCCGAUCAUUCAAAUCUAUCUUAUGACUCAUGUCCAACAAUAUCUCACAACUUCUUUGGGCAGCUCUUUGGAAGCUCUCUCCGAUUAAGGUUGGAUGGAUUCCCUUAUUUAAUAAUUUCUCAGCGGCGUUCAACAAGGAACCAGUCAAAAUCGCCACUGAGGUGGUACCGUCUCCGGCUUCCACGUCUUGAGCAGCACUCACAUCGACCAACAUUCUGGCGGCCGGGUGCAAGAUAGCCAUGUGCUUUAAAAUGGUGGCCCCGUCAUUGGAAAUGAUGACUUCUCCUGUUUUAGUCUUGAUCAUCUUAUCCAUUCCUUUAGGACCCAAGGAGGUUCUGAUGGCAUCGGCCACAGCCUUGGCCGCGAGAAUAUUACUUCUACGGACUUCCUGAGGCUUUUCCUUGUCUUUGAACCGGGCGUUCGAAGGAUUGCUGGCAACUUUAGACAUUUUCUCCUUGUAAACGGUUGGUGGGAAGAU